AUGAAGGUACUUAUCCUUGCCUGCCUUGUGGCACUUGCUCUUGCAAAGGAGACUUUAGAGAGCCUUUCAAACAGUGAGGAAUCUAUUACCCAAAUCAGCAAGAAACUUGAGAAGGCUAAACAUGUGCAACAGCAGCAAAGAGAGGAUGAACUCCAGGACAAAAUCCACCCUUUUAUCCAGUCACAGCCUUUAGCCUAUUCUGACAUUAAGCCCAUUCCUUAUACUGUGCCACAAAGCAUCCUGCCCAUUCCUCAGCCUGCUAUGGUGCCUGUUCUUCUGCCUGCUUUUGAGCCUGAAAUAGUCAAAGCUAAAGACACCAUCCUUCUUAAGAACAAAGAGAUGCCCUUCCUUAAGUCUUCAACAGGGCUCCCUGUCUUUAACCCUCAAAUCCCCGAUUUCACUAAUCUCAAAUAUCAACAACUUCUUCAGCUCCUGCUCCAGCCCUCAGUGCACCAGACCCCUAAGUCUUUUCUUCAGACUCCCUUGCUUCAACUUCAGUUCCAACAACAUCUUCUUCAUCCCCAAGCUCUGUCUCUUCUCCAGCAAGUGGUUCCCUUCCUUGUCCCAGAAGAGAGAGCCAUGCUUGUCCCACAACUUCUACAACACCAUGAUCUGCUUGACCUCACCCACCAGCCCCCUGUGACUCAACCACUUGACUCAGUUUACAGCAGAGUUGUG